GCCAUCUCCCUCGACUGCGAAAUGGCCCAAACAAUCUACGGCGAAGACACUCUCGUCCAAGUCACCCUAAUCGACAUGCUCACGGCCACCCCCCUCCUCGAUCUAACCGUCAUCCCCACCCACCCCAUCGCCGACUGGCGCACCCAAUGGUCAGGCAUGUCAGAGUCCAUCAUGGCGGAGCGAAUCGCCUCGCCUGACCACGAGACCGUCAGGGGGUAUGCAGAGGCUCGAGCCCGUGUGUGGGACUUUGUCAACGCGGAUACGAUUCUCGUCGGACAGAGCUUGAAUUUCGAUCUCAAGGUGCUGGGCAUGGUGCAUUGGAGGGUUGUCGACAGCUUUAUAUUGGUGAAGGAGGGAGGGUUCAGGGCGGGGGGAGGGAGUAUGAGGUUGAAGAACCUAGUGGAGGAUUUUGUGGGGGUGAGGAUUCAGACAGGGGAUGGGGAAACGGGACAUGAUUGUUUGGAGGAUACGUUUGGGGCGAGGGAAGUUGUGGUGUGGUGUUGGAGGAAUCAAGGGGUGGAGAAGGAGAGAGAGGGGUGUGAGAAGGGGCCCGGGCCUUGGGGGGUCAAGAGUGAGGAGGUUUGGUGGUGA